AUGUCCACUAUGGUUUACCCGCGUGAUGAGACCUUGGAGAGACUCACGCAGGAUGAGAUAGUUCUGAACACCAAAGCUGUGAUCCAGGGGCUGGAAGCCCUGCGUGGAGAACAUGCUCAGCUCCUCAACUCCCUGCUGGACUGCAGCCAGCCCCCGGCGGCCCAGGAGAAAUCAGGCCUGCUCCGCAAAAGCAUGGAGGCCAUCGAACUGGGCCUUGGAGAAGCUCAGGUGAUCAUUGCCCUGUCGGGGCACCUGAGCGCGGUGGAGUCGGAGAAGCAGAAGUUGCGGGCCCAGGUGCGCAGGCUGUGCCAGGAGAACCAGUGGCUGAGGGACGAGCUGGCCAGCACCCAGAGCAAACUGCAGAAGAGUGAACAGAGCGUGGCCCAGCUGGAGGAGGAGAAGAAACACCUGGAGUUCAUGAACCAGAUCAAAAAGUUUGACGACGACGUCUCGCCCUCCGAAGAGAAGGCCAGCGAGACCUCCAAAGACAGCCUGGACGACCUCUUCCCCAACGAUGACGACCAGGGACCAGGUAGCGUCACGUCCCAGUCCCAGCCCAGCGGGGAGGUGGCCGCCCAGCAGGGCGGGUACGAGAUCCCCGCCCGCCUGAGGACCCUCCACAACCUGGUGAUCCAGUACGCCUCCCAGGGCAGGUACGAGGUGGCGGUGCCGCUGUGCAAACAGGCGCUGGAGGACCUGGAGAAGACGUCCGGUCACGACCACCCCGACGUGGCCACCAUGCUCAACAUCCUCGCCCUCGUCUACAGGGACCAGCAUAAGUUCAAAGAGGCAGCCCACCUGCUGAACGACGCCCUGGCCAUCAGAGAGAAGACCCUGGGGAAAGACCACCCGGCCGUGGCCGCCACCCUGAACAACCUGGCCGUGCUGUACGGGAAACGGGGCAAGUACAAGGAGGCGGAGCCGCUGUGUAAGCGAGCACUGGAGAUCCGAGAGAAGGUCCUGGGGAAGUUCCACCCUGAUGUGGCCAAACAGCUGAAUAACCUGGCCCUGCUCUGUCAGAACCAGGGCAAGUAUGAGGAAGUGGAGUAUUACUACCGCAGGGCCCUGGAGAUCUACGAGUCCAAACUGGGCGCCGACGACCCCAACGUGGCCAAGACCAAGAACAACCUGGCGACCUGCUACCUCAAACAGGGCAAGUUCAAAGACGCAGAGUGUCUGUACAAGGAAAUUCUGACCCGCGCCCACGAGAAAGAGUUUGGAUCCGUCAACAAUGACAACAAACCAAUCUGGAUGCAUGCGGAGGAGAGAGAGGAGAGCAAGGGAAAGAAGAAGGACGCAGGUCCUUAUGGAGAAUACGGCAGCUGGUACAAAGCCUGCAAGGUGGACAGCCCCACUGUCAAUACCACUCUCAAAAGCCUGGGGGCGCUGUACCGCCGACAGGGCAAACUGGAGGCAGCCGAGACACUGGAGGGGUGCGCUAGUAAGACCCGUAAACAGGGGCUGGAUGCCUUUAAUCAGAGUAAGGUGGUGGAGCUGCUGAAGGAUGGAGGAGACAGACGGCAGAGCCGAGAAGGUCUGAAUGGCCCCGGGGGCCAGCGGGGCGACGGCGAGGGUGACGAGGCUGAGUGGAACGGGGACGGGAGCGGAUCCCUGCGCAGGAGCGGGUCCUUCGGGAAGAUCAGGGACGCGCUGUGGAGAAGCAGUGAGAUCCUGAAAAAGAAACUGCAGGGCAGUGGCCCCCAGGAGCCCCGAAACCCCGGAAUGAAGAGAGCAAGCUCCUUGAAUUUCCUCAAUAAGAGAGCAGAGGACACUGCACAGGAGGAGAACAGUGGCCUAUCAGACUGCAGAGGACUCAGUGCCAGCAACGUGGACCUGACCAGACGCAGUUCUCUGAUCGAUUAAGACGCGAGACCGUAUUUGGACGAGGGGCGGGGCU